AUGGCUGAAGAUUCUGAGAGAACUCAAACACCGAUCAUUUUUGCUCCAGACACUUACCAAUAUGACAAGUUCUCCCUGGAAGAGUCACAAUUAGCAGAGGAUCCGAUCGACCAAUUUGCCAAAUGGUUUGCCGAGGCUAGAGCUGAUAAAUCGGAGACACUUCCUGAAGCGAUUAAUUUUGCUUCUGCUGAGUUGCCCAGCGGAAGAGUUUCGUCAAGGGUUUUACUGUUUAAAGAGCUAGACCAUCGUGGAUUUACGAUUUACUCCAAUUGGGGAACUUCUAAAAAAGCUCACGAUAUUAAGACGAAUCCCCAUGCUGCAAUCACCUUCUUUUGGAAGGAUCUACAAAGACAGGUGAGAAUCGAAGGUUUCACUGAACACGUUAACCGCGAGACCUCUGAGCGUUAUUUCAAAACCAGACCUCGUGGCUCCAAGGUCGGUGCUUGGUCAUCACCUCAAUCGCAUGUAAUUAAAGACAGACAGGAACUCAAUGCCUUAGCCAAGAAGAACGAAGAAAGAUUUGAAGGUGUUGCGGAUAUACCCUGUCCCGAUUACUGGGGAGGUCUAAGAGUUGUCCCAUUGGAGAUUGAAUUUUGGCAGGGCAGACCUAAUCGUUUACAUGAUCGUUUUUCGUAUACAAGAAAGAGCGAACAUGAUCCUUGGAUCAGAGUUCGUCUGGCACCUUGA